AUGAGCCACACCCCAGAAGAUUAUGGGGUGCAGGGAGAGGCCCCUGGUGAUGGAAACCCCCUGUGCGCCAGGCUGGUAGACAGGCCCAACAGAGAGCCCAAGGGGUGCCCGGAGCCUGGCCCAGGCCCCAUUGUCGCCUGCACAGCCUCCGGGCCUGCCCUGGCCUUCUGGCAGGCUGUGUUGGCAGGGGACGCAGGCUCCAUCUCCCACAUCCUCUCGGACUCAGGCUUGGGCCUGGCCCCGGAUUCAGUCUUUGAUACCAGCGACCCUGAGCGAUGGAGGGAUUUCCGCUUCAACAUUCGUGCUCUGAGACUCUGGUCACUGACCUACGAGGAGGAGUUGACCACGCCGCUCCAUGUGGCUGCCAGCCGGGGCCAUACAGAAGUGCUACAACUGCUGCUGAGGCGGCGGGCACAGCCCGACUUCGCGCCUGGGGGCCACACGGCUCUGCACGAGGCCUGCACUGCUGGCCACGCGGCCUGUGUUCACGCACUGCUGGUGGCAGGAGCUGACCCCAACCUCCCUGACCAGGAUGGGAGACGCCCCCUGCACCUGUGCCGGGGGGCUGGCACCCUGGAAUGUGCGAAGAUGCUCCUGCGGUUUGGGGCGAGCGUGGAUGGUCGAUCCGAGGAGGAAGAGGAGACCCCUUUGCACGUAGCUGCCCGUCUAGGCCAUGUGGAGCUGGCAGACCUUCUUCUGCACUGGGGUGCCUGCCCCAAUGCCCGUGAUGUUGAGGGCCGGACGCCACUGCUAACUGCCUGUGAUACCAGCUGCCCAACCCCUGUGGAAGCCAAGGCCACCACUGCCUGUUGCCUCCAGCUCUGCCACCUGCUACUCUCUGCAGGAGCUGAUGCUGAUGCUGCCGACCAGGACAAGCGUCGGCCCCUGCAUUUGGCCUGUCGCCACGGCCAUGCACCCAUCGUGGAGUUACUUCUAUCCUGCGGCGUCAGCACCAAUGCUAUGGACUAUGGGGGGCAUACUGCUCUGCACUGCGCUCUGCAAGGGCCCCUUGCAGCCAUGGCCCAGAGCCCAGAGCACAUAGUACGAGCUCUACUCAACCAUGGUGCUGUCCGAGUAUGGCCAGGUGCCCUUCCCAAGGUGCUGGAACGCUGGUGUUCAUCCCCUAGGACCAUUGAAGUUCUGAUGAACACCUACAGUGUUGUGCAGCUCUCUGAGGAAGCCAAAGGACUGGUGCCUCCUGAAAUCCUGCAGCAGCACCACCGUUUCUACAGCUCCGUCUUCGCACUGGUGAGGCAGCCCCGCUCCUUGAAGCAUCUUAGCCGCUGUGCCCUGCGAUCCCACCUAGCCACCCACCUGCCCUCUGUCCUGCCCCAACUCCCAUUGCCAGCCCGCCUGCUCCGAUACCUGCAGCUGGACUUUGAGGAUGUGCUCUACUAA